UUUCAGGAGACGGCCAGCGCCAUCGCCAUGCUCGAGGAGCAGCGCACCAGAGCACCCUCGGAGGUGGGAUGGGACGCAUCCAAGUGGUUCUUUCCGGGUUGAGAGAGUCAAAACGGCCUUGAGCAGAGGGUCCCUUCUUAUGGAGGCUGUUGUGGCGGAGUCGUCACACAGGGGGGCCUGGCAUUGGGCGAACGGAGCGAGCUUUGGCACGAUGAAGGCUCCUUGAGGCUACAAGGGAUCGACCUGGUUUCAGAACUACUGAGGGAGCUUGAUUCGACAUGAGCACUCGUCAAGCCAACUUCUACCGCGGCGAUCUCGUUUGGCCCAAGACGGAAAAAGCAACACGCUCUUCGCGAACCGCAGGCCGCUCCUUUUCUACCCUCACCAACUGCCAUGGCUGUGCGACCAGAGUCGGUUGAGGAGUGGUGCCUGUUGAUGCCCAACUUGUUUGAGGUCAAUGACUGGACAGUGGCUUUGACGACUGCUGAGGCAGCCUUGAUGCACAGCAGCUGUGCCUGGGGUGGACAUCUCCUGAAGUUUGAGCUAAAAGAUCUGACGAUCCAAAACGCCCCCGAAGAUCCUGCCCAGAUCUUGGUCAGGCCUGAGGUGCGAGCUUUGCAUCAAGACACGUGUCCUCUCAACGGUGUGAAGGUGGGCUCCUCUGUGGGUUUCGUCGCUCCCGGGGAAGCCAUCGUCGAGGCGAGCAUUGCUCAGGAGGCCACCAUGAAGCUAUGCUCUGUGCUCUUUGGGGACACUGGAUAUGGCAGGACAGGUCAUGGACUAUCUCUUCCGUGA